UAUAUCCGCGAACUUGAGAAUAAACUGAUGGUGUCCGCCAAGGAAUCAACCAAGGAUCAAGCAAUGCUGAGCGAACUCAAAACGCGUAUUAUGAAGCUCAAGGAGACUGAUGAAAAUACAGAGCAAUACAUCCAUGACCUUGAGCAGCGUUUAGCAGCUUCAGAUGCAGAAAAAACGAAAUGGCAAAAGCACAUUGAAGAACUGGAAGCCAAGAUGGAGGCCAAGGAUCGCACUCAUGCCGAAUUGUUGAAGCGUCUCUCGCUGCAAACAUCCGCGAGCAACACAGAGAAAAUGGCUCUUGAACAAGUCACUAGUAAAUUAGAG